AUGGCGACCUCAAGGCCUGAUACCCUUAGGGCUCACUGGAAAUGCAUCGCCGCAUGUACCUUGGUUAGCAUGUGUCCAUUUCAAUAUGGAGUCGAUUUUGGUAUCAUCGGUGGUCUGCAGGCUAUGCCUGGCUUCUUGAAUAUCUUUGGAGAAAAGGAUCCGACCUCGCCUAUCGGAUACAACAUCUCCCAUACACGGCAGCAGCUGAUUUCGUCUCUCAUGAUCCUUGGUGCCUUUAUCAGCUCCUCCUUUGCCGGUCCCGUUGCGAAGUUCAUCGGGCGGAAGAUGUCCAUCUGGAUUGCGGCUCUGCUCUGCGUGGUUGCAAAUGUUAUUAUGAUGACCACUACGAGCAUUGGAGCUCUAUAUUUCGCUCGUUUCUUGAUCGGCAUUGCGAACGGCAUGCUGAUGACAUUCUCGCAGCUCUAUCUCCAGGAGUGUGCCCCCGCGAAAUAUCGAGGCCUUGUCAUUGGGCUUUUCCAGUCCUGGACAUCGAUUGGUACUUUGGUUGGAACCAUUAUCGACAACUUCACCGUGAAGCUUUCCGGCAAACACCAAUACAUUGUUCCCCUUGGCAUCAUCUACAUUGUGCCAGGCAUUUUGUCGGUUGGAAUGCUCUUUAUCCCCGAAAGCCCGCGGUGGUUCCUUCUCCAAGACCAGACCGAGAAAGCUCGCAAGGCCCUCAAUUGGCUCCGACCAUAUCCCGAGACCGUUGAGGACGAGAUCAAGGAGAUCCAAGACGCCAUCUCCGCCGAGCGAAGCUUGGCCAGUAGCGCUGACGUCCUGGAUAUGUUCCGUAACCCUGUUGACCGAAGACGCACACUUCUCGCCGUUGGAGCUGUAUCCCUCCAGGCGGCUUCUGGUGCCAUGUAUAUGAUUUCCUACGGCACUUAUUUCUUCGAAAUGGCUCAAGUCGGUUCGGCAUUUGAAAACUCGUGCAUCCUUGUUGCAGUUGGCGUGGCCGCCAUCUUGAUCAACAGCGCCGUCAUUACCAGAUGGGGCCGGAGACGAGUGUUCCUCACGACCGGCAUGAUCCUUUGUGGCAUCACCCAACUCAUCAUCGCCGUCGUGUACGACAAACAGGGCCCAAGCACUUCAACCGGACGAGUUAUUGUCGGCGUCUCGGUUGUCUAUAUUGUCGGCUACAAUGGCAUGGUAGCAACCUACGCGUGGCUUUGUGGUGGCGAGUUCCCGUCGCAGCGUCUCCGAAGCUACACCUUUGGUCUGGCGGCGUCGAUUGGCUUUUUGGGAGCCUGGCUCGCCACCUUCACGGCUCCAUACUUCAUCAACCCCGAUUCCCUGAACUGGGGUCCAAAGUACGGAUAUAUCUGGACACCAUCUUGCUUGAUUGGUGCGCUGUGGACGUAUUUCUACCUUCCUGAGGUGAAGAACAGGACUUUUGAGGAGAUCGACGAAAUGUUCGAGGCACGCCUCCCCGCCCGGAAAUUCCGCACCUACAAAUGUGUGGGAUCAGUUGCCGCCGUGGCCAUGGCUGCUAAGGAUGAUGAAGGCAGUGCCAGCGAGAAGGAUCAUGCUGAAGUCACACACAAGGAGGUCAUUUUCGGCAAUGAGAAGGUUGCUACUGAGGCUGCGGUUGCCAUCGGUUGA